AUGUUCCAGCGUAUCCGUGGCGCCAUAGACGCCCGCAUUGCUGAAGAGCAAGCGCGACAACGAUCCGCCCAAGAAGCCAGCGCCGCACGAACAAAUCCUGCUCGCCGCCCGUCGACGAGAACGCCGCGACAACGAAGCAACAGCACACUCCCGCAAACCAGGGGGCCUGAUCCGACCGAAUUCGAGUUCUCGAUUGGCGACGAUGAUACGCUUUCGGGAUCCAGCAGAUCUGUGACUCCGCGACUGGAGACCGCCUCUUCUACUUCUGGCACUACCGCUGCUACGUCACAGCCUGAUUCCGCUGAUGGGGGUGACAAUGAGAAGUUGCAGUCGUCCACUGCCGAGUCAAGAGCGACGGACUCGACUUCGCAGAAUAAUGCGGAAUCAAAGCCUGCACCGACCCCGGAAUUGCCGAUUGAAGUGCGUGCGAAGCUGCGACGAUUGGACAAGAUCGAAUCCAAGUAUCAUGACCUCCUAAAAGCGUAUAAGAUGGCACACGCCAGAGUCCUGCUGAUCGAGCCCUUCGAAUCUGCCUUGAAAGAGAACACGCCACUGACCUCUAUCGGAGAUCCGAAAGCAUUCACUGAAUAUCUGAACCAAAUGUCAUUGAAAAAUGACAUGGUGUUGGAUGAAUUAAAACGGGUCACGUCUGAGAGAGAGGACUGCAAAAAGAAACUUGCAGAGGCGGAGAAGUCGGCUAAAGAAGCUUGGGACGAGGUUACGAAUCUCAAAAAGGAGAAAAGCAAGGAAACUCCAAUCGACUCUACGACGACAGAUGGUGCUGACAAAAUUUCUACAACCGGGAAAAAGUCCACGGAAUCGGCGGCUGCAGAGGAGUCGGAAGACUUUUUCUCCUUCGACAACGAGAUACCGCGUCUGGAGUCGGAGAUACAGGAGAAACAGGAAGAAAUUGAAAAGUUGAAUACAGAAGUGGAAAAUCUGAAGCGUGAUUUGACAGUUGCACGCGAAUCGACGGAGAGCAUGGUUGUUACGCUGGAGUCGACAACUAGGGAGUUGGAAGGAUUGCGCGACUCAAAGGAUAAGCACGAAUCCGAGAUUGAGGGAAUCAAAGCGGCAAAGCAAAAAGAAAUAAACGAAAUCCAGUCGAAGCUGGAAUCAGCUGAGGCCGCUGUCCAAAAGUCGGACACGGAAUUAUCCGAAAUCAAGAACCAACUACAAGAAAAGACGGCCGAAAUUGAGCGUCUUCGAUCGGAAUCUGCUGCAGCAGCUUCACAGGCAUCGGAGACAUCAGAAUUGAACGAGAAGAUUGCCGUCAUUGAGAAAGAGAAAGCAGACAAAGAAAAGCGAUUGGGCGUCGUAGAGGGUCUAGUCAACAAAUUGAAGAACCAGCUCAAGGAAGGCGAGGAGACCGUGUCUUCGGUUCGGACGGAGCUUGCUGAGAAAGGUUCUCAGUUAACUGAGCUUCAGAAGAUUGUCCAGUUCGUAGACGACGGCCUCGGCUUCUCUCCCAAAUGGCAGACAACGCGCGACUCGGUUGUGGCAGGGAAGCCCGCCAGCUUCGAUGAAGUCCGUCAAAUCCUGCAGCCGCCGUCCGACGAAAAACCGGCUAAAGUGUCUGAUACACCAGCUGUAGUGACUCCGUCAGAAAACCAAGCCGCAAGUGGCGGGGCUUCCAAGAAGAAGAAAAAUAAGAAGAAGAAAGGUGGUAAACAGGCUGAGGAGACACCGGCAUCUAAGGCGGCACCCGAACAACAACCGACGGCUUCAACAGAGACUGGGCAGAAAGCAGUCGAAUCACCUGAUGUUGCGGCGCUUGAGAAGAAGAUCGAGGAGCUUACCGCGCAGCUCAAUGAGAAGGAAGCGGCAAUUGAGCGAUUGCAUGCAAAAUUGAAGGGAGAGGACGAUUUGAAAGAGGAGAUCGAGUCUUUACGAGACGAACUGCUUCACAUUGGCCAAGAGCACGUUGAGGCUAAAGACCAGGUCAAGACCCUGCUGGCAGAGAAGCAAGCGCUUGAAGAAGCUCGCGAAAAGAUUGAAAAGGAAGUGGCUGAUCUUCGGACAAGUCACGCGUCCGAGAGUGCCGAUUCCCAGAAGCUGCAUACAGACCUCAAAGCCGAAUUCGAAGAAUUGAAGCACAGAUCUACGACACUUGAGAAAGAUCUUUCCGCUGCGCAGCAGCUUGCGGCAACCCGCUUCAAGGACCUUACUGAUCUUAGAGCUACGAUGCAAAAGCUGACACCUGAGCUUCGCAAUCUGAGAGCCGAGUCUUCGGAGCUGAAGUCUACGAAGGAGGAACUUAACAAGAAGAUUACGGAUUGUAAAAAAUUGGAAGGUAAACACGAUGAUUUACGCGCCGAAGUGAAGGCGCUCAAAUCUAGCAUCACGGAUCGUGAAAACGAAGUCAAGACGCUUUAUCAAAAGAUCCGGCAGGAGACCGACAAUCGACUUAAAGCCGAAGAAGCCUUGGUUAUCGCCAAAUCUGAUUUGCGUCAGACCGAAAUGAGGAAGCAGCAGUCGAUAGAGGCGCACGAAAGAACGUCAAAGGAUCUGUCCAAAGCUCAAGAGGAGUUGAAAGCUUCUCGCGCUAGGAUGCGAGAAGCUGAAGAGAAAGCUACACAGCUCGAUCGGGACUUAAGCGGUCUUCGAGAGGAAAUCCAGCUAAAGACGGCGCAACAUGCUAGUGCUCAGAGCUUGAUGAAUAGUAUGCGAGACCAGACAUCUGAGAUGGCCAUGCAAAUGAAAGAGGCUCGAGAGCGAUGCGAGAGUUUGGAAGAAGAGCUUGCCGAGGCACAUCGUCUCCUGACGGAGCGAAGUCGUGAAGGUGAGACGAUGCGUCGUCUUCUGAACGAAAUCGAGGGACGCACGGACGCCAAGGUACGCGACUUCAAGGAACGACUUGAGGCUGCCAUUGAAGAGCGGGAUAGAGCAGAAGAUGAAGCCAAUACUAUGGGUCGUCGACGCGCUAGAGAGCUGGAAGAUCUCAAAAGCAAAGUCAGAGAGACAGAAAAGGCGCUCAAGACGGCCGAAAAUGACAAGGAAGAGCUGGAAUAUGCGCAGCGCGACUGGAAGCGACGACGAGACGACCUAGAAUUUCAAGCUGAGCGGUCUACAGAGGAGCUGAAAGAGGUCCGACAGGCCAUGGUACAACUUCGAGACGCAUUGGACGAAAGUGAGCGACAAGUGCGCGAGGUGGAGAAAGAGAAGGCGGAAUUACGCCGGUCUAUUGAGGAGAGCAACAGUCGUAUCGAGAAACUGCGCAAGGCGAAUAAAGCGCUCACGGACGAAUUCAGUCGUACCAGAGGUGGUGGUCAGAACAACGGCACCGCGGCCGCCAACAAUAUCGGUAAAAGACCAUCAACAAUGGAGUCCGGCAUCGAUUCUUCACGAUCAUCUAUCGAAUCGCCUAGUCGGCGAGGCGCCGCUGUUCCUUCAUCUGUAUCUAGCUCUCGCGAGCGACAUCCCUCGUUGGCACGUAGCGAAACCCCAACCGGCGCAGCCCCCAUCGAUUACAUAUACUUGAAGAACGUUCUUUUGCAGUUUUUGGAGCAGAAGGAUAAGAAUUACCAGAAGCAGCUUAUACCGGUGCUUGCGAUGCUGCUACAUUUUGACCGGAACGAUGAGCAGAGGUGGAUGUCUGCAGUUAUGUCUCGUUGA